AAAUUAAUUAAAUCACGCAGAGAGUGAGAAGAGAGAGAGGAGUGCUGCACACACACGAACCAAAUGAAGCACCAGCAGAGCAGCUCAUCGUCGCCGUCGCAAUCGUCUGAGGCGGUCCCGUUGUCCUCGUCGCCAUCAUCUUCCUCCUCCUCCUCCACCUCGUCGUCCACAGUGACGACGGACCAAUCCCAUCCGGCCACCGCGAAUUCAGCAUCCGUGGCGGAGAAGCCGCUGCCACUACCGGCGGCUGCGGCGGAGGACCAGGCGGUGGGGGCGAGAGACGGCGGGGGAGGGGCGCAGGAGACGGUGACGGUCGAUCGGAGAGGAGAAUACUCCGCCGUGUGCAGAUGGACGGUCCAGAAUUUUCCGAGAAUCAAAGCUAGGGCACUUUGGAGCAAGUACUUCGAGGUCGGAGGCUACGAUUGCCGGCUCUUAAUAUACCCUAAAGGCGACUCUCAGGCUUUGCCUGGCUACAUCUCCGUCUACCUUCAAAUCAUGGACCCGCGCGGCACCUCCUCCUCCAAAUGGGACUGCUUCGCCAGCUACCGCCUCGCCAUCGUCAACGCCGCCGACGACUCCAAAACCGUCCACCGCGACAGCUGGCACCGCUUCUCCAGCAAGAAGAAGUCUCACGGCUGGUGCGAUUUCACCCCCUCUUCUACUGUUUUUGAUUCCAAGUUAGGUUUUCUGUUCAAUACCGACUCCGUUUUGAUCACCGCCGAUAUUUUGAUACUCAAUGAGUCUGUUAAUUUCAUGCGAGAUAAUAAUAACAACGAGCUGCAGUCGUCCUCUGCCGGCGGCUCGGUGAUGUCAUCAUCCGUCGGGGCCGGUCCGGCCUCCGACGUGUUGAGUGGCAAGUUCACUUGGAAGGUGCAUAAUUUUAGCUUAUUUAGGGAUAUGAUUAAGACUCAAAAGAUUAUGAGCCCAGUGUUCCCCGCCGGCGAGUGUAAUUUGAGGAUUAGUGUUUAUCAGAGCACUGUGAAUGCGGUCGAGUAUUUGUCAAUGUGCUUGGAGAGCAAGGACACUGACAAGACGGUUGUGUUGUCAGAUAGGAGUUGUUGGUGUUUGUUUCGAACGUCUGUGUUGAAUCAGAAGUUGGGGUCUAAUCACAUGCACAGGGACUCGUAUGGGAGGUUUGCUGCUGAUAAUAAGAGUGGGGAUAAUACGAGCUUGGGGUGGAAUGAUUAUAUGAAGAUGUCGGAUUUCAUUGGGGCAGAGUCGGGGUUCUUGGCUGAUGAUACUGCGGUGUUUAGUACCUCAUUUCAUGUGAUAAAGGAGUUUAGUAGCUUUUCCAAGAGUGGGGGAUUUUCGGCAGGGAGGAGUGGUAGUGGGACGAGGAAGUUGGAUGGACAUAUGGGGAAAUUUACUUGGAAGAUUGAAAAUUUUACGAGGUUGAAGGAUCUAUUGAAGAAGAGGAAGAUAACUGGUCUUUGCAUCAAGAGCAGGAGGUUUCAGAUUGGGAAUCGUGACUGUCGGCUCAUUGUUUAUCCCCGAGGGCAGUCUCAGCCACCAUGUCACCUGUCAGUCUUUCUUGAAGUUACAGAUUCUCGGAACACUGCUAGUGAUUGGAGUUGUUUUGUGAGUCACCGCUUAUCUGUUGUGAACCAGAAGAUAGAGGAAAAAUCUGUCACUAAGGAGUCUCAGAACCGCUACUCCAAAGCUGCAAAGGACUGGGGUUGGCGUGAAUUUGUGACGCUUACUAGUCUUUUUGAUCAAGAUUCAGGGUUCCUUUUUCAGGACACUGUUGUAUUCUCUGCAGAGGUCCUUAUAUUGAAAGAGACAUCAAUUCUGCAGGAUUUGAUUGAUCAGGAUACUGAAUCUGCUACCCAGAUUGACAAGAAUGUGAAAAGAAGCUCUUUUACAUGGAAGGUGGAGAACUUCCUGUCUUUUAAGGAAAUAAUGGAGACCCGAAAAAUCUUUAGCAAAUUCUUUCAAGCUGGUGGAUGUGAGCUUCGGAUUGGGGUAUAUGAGUCCUUUGACACCAUAUGUAUCUAUUUGGAGAGUGAUCAAUCAGUUGGUAGCGAUCUGGACAAAAAUUUCUGGGUGCGAUACAGGAUGGCUGUUGUGAAUCAAAAGAACCCUGUGAAAACUGUGUGGAAGGAAUCUUCCAUAUGUACUAAGACUUGGAACAAUUCUGUAUUGCAGUUCAUGAAGGUUUCAGAUAUGUUGGAAGCAGAUGCAGGGUUUCUUGUGCGUGAUACCGUUGUUUUUGUAUGUGAAAUAUUGGACUGCUGUCCUUGGUUUGAGUUUUCAGACCUAGAGGUUUUUGCUUCCGAGGAUGAUCAGGAUGCGUUGACAACAGAUCCUGAUGAACUCCUUGAUUCUGAAGAUAGUGGAGCGCUAGGUGGUGAUGAAGAAGAUAUCUUUAGAAAUCUGCUUUCCAGAGCUGGAUUUCACCUCACAUACGGUGACAAUCCUUCACAGCCACAGGUCACUUUACGAGAAAAGCUUCUGAUGGAUGCGGGUGCCAUUGCUGGUUUCCUGACUGGACUCCGUGUUUAUCUUGAUGAUCCUGCUAAAGUAAAGCGCCUGCUUCUUCCAACCAAGCUUUCUGGUAGUGGUGAUGGAAUGAAGGUCUUAAAGAAUGAUGAAUCUUCCCCUAGUUUGAUGAAUUUACUAAUGGGAGUCUCAGUGUUCCAGCAGGCUAUUAUUGAUUUACUUUUGGACAUUAUGGUUGAGUGUUGCCAACCUACAGAAGAAAGUGGUGAUGGCGAUUUAUCUGAAUCGAACUCAAAAAUUCCAGAUGGAAGUGGAGCUGCUAGUCCACUGCAAUCUGGUAGAGAAAAUGGACCGACAGAAUCUGUACAUUGUCCCGUGUAUGAACGAUUGGAUGCUAAUGGUGAUGAAAGUACCAGUGGUUCAGCUGUUCAAAGUUCUGAUAUGCAUGGGGAGGGUAUCUCAGGAAAACCUCUUCCAGGGAAGCCAAUUUGUCCCCCAGAAACAUCUGCAGGAGGAUCAGAAAAUGUGUCCCUUCGUUCAAAGACCAAGUGGCCAGAGCAAUCUGAGGAGCUCUUAGGAUUGAUUGUAAACUCACUGAGAGCUUUGGAUGGAGCUGUUCCACAAGGUUGUCCUGAACCAAGGCGUAGGCCUCAGUCUGCAGAAAAGAUUGCUCUUGUACUGGAUAAAGCUCCUAGGCAUCUGCAGCCUGAUCUGGUGUCUUUGGUGCCCAAGUUGGUUGAGCAUUCAGAGCAUCCACUUGCUGCCUUUGCUCUUAUUGAACGGUUGCAGAAGCCAGAUGCAGAACCUUCAUUACGGACUCCUGUUUUCAGUGCGCUGAGUCAACUGGACUGUGGGAGUGAAGUGUGGGAACGGGUUUUAUCCCAAUCACUGGAGUUUUUGUUAGAUUCAAAUGAUGAACCUCUUGCUGCAACCAUAGGUUUCAUAUUUAAAACAGCCUCCCAGUGCCAACACCUACCUGAAGCGGUCAGAUCUGUUCGUGUUAGGCUGAAGAAUUUGGGUGUCGAUGUUUCUCCUUGUGUACUUGAAUUAUUGAGUAGAACUGUAAAUAGCUGGGGAGAUGUUGCUGAAACCAUACUUAGAGAUAUUGAUUGUGAUGACGAUUUUGGUGAUAGUUGCUCGUCUAUGCAUUCUGGGCUUUUCUUGUUUGGAGAACAUGGACCCAGUUCCGAACAGUUUCAUUUGGUGGAUGAGCAGGCUUUCCGUCCUUGUCGCCAUUUUUCUGAUAUUUUCAUUUUGAUUGAGAUGUUAUCCAUACCUUGUCUGGCUGUAGAAGCUUCUCAAACAUUCGAGAGAGCUGUAGCUCGUGGUGCUAUUGUGGCUCAUUCCAUGGCCAUGGUUUUGGAAAGCCGUCUUGCCCAAAGAUUGAACCUUGAUGCUAGAUUUGUUGUGGAAAGCUUUCAGCAGACAGAUUUGGUUGUAGAGGGGGAAGCAAGUGAACAGCGGAGAGUCCAACAAGACGAUUUUACUUCAGUUCUUGGUCUUGCUGAAACAUUGGCCCUCUCUAGAGAUCCUUGUGUUAAGGGAUUUGUUAAGAUGCUAUACACAUUAUUGUUCAAAUGGUAUGCUGACGAGUCAUAUAGAGGGAGAAUUCUAAAGAGACUUAUUGAUUGUGCCACUAGUACUACAGAUAGAAGUCGUGAAAUUGAUCUGGAUUUUGAUAUAUUGGUGACACUAGCUUGUGAGGAGCAAGAAAUUGUUAGACCAGUUUUGAGUCUGAUGCGGGAGGUUGCUGAACUUGCAAAUGUCGAUCGGGCUGCUCUUUGGCACCAGUUAUGUGCUAGUGAAGAUGAAAUCAUGCGAAUGCGGGAAGAAAGGAAAGCAGAAACUGCUGUUAUGGAUAGAGAGAAAGCUGUCAUAACACAAAAACUGAGUGAAUCCGAGGCCACUAACAACCGUCUUAAGUCUGAAAUGAAGGCUGAGACUGACUGCUUUGUCCGAGAAAAGAAGGAGCUGUUGGAACGAAUACAAGAAGUUGAGAGUCAGCUUGAGUGGCACCGCUCAGAGCGAGAUGAUGAAAUAAAAAAGCUCACUACAGAUAGGAAAUUGUUCCAGGAUCGUCUUCAUGAUGCAGAAACACAGAUCUCUCAAUUGAAGUCCCGAAAACGUGAUGAAUUGAAGAAAGUUGUGAAGGAGAAAAACACUCUAGCUGAAAGGCUGAAAGGUGCCGAUGCUGCACGUAAAAGAUUUGAUGAAGAACUGAAACGUUAUGCCACUGAGAAGAUGACUCGAGAGGAAGUUCGACAAUCUCUGGAGGAUGAAGUACGAAGACUGACACAAACAGUAGGACAAACAGAAGGAGAGAAACGAGAGAAGGAAAAGCAGGUGGCUCGGUGUGAAGCCUAUAUCGAUGGGAUGGAAUCAAAACUGCAGGCCUGCCAGCAAUAUAUUCAUACCCUCGAGGCGUCACUUCAGGAAGAAAUGUCCCGGCAUGCUCCUCUCUAUGGUGCUGGUUUGGAGGCUUUAUCAAUGAAGGAGUUAGAGACGCUAUCCCGUAUCCAUGAAGAAGGGCUUAGGCAGAUACACACCCUCCAGCAGCAUAAGGGGAGUCCAGCUGGCAGUCCUCUUGUAAGCCCGCACCCACAGAACCAUGGGUUAUAUCUCGCCGCACCCCCACAAAUGGCCGUGGGAAUGCCUACUUCACUCAUUCCUAACGGUGUUGGGAUUCACAGCAAUGGGCAUGUGAAUGGUGCUGUUGGACCCUGGUUCAACCAUUCUUAGAUGCCUAGGGUCAUGGCCUUUUUUUUGUGCCAAUGUAGGCAUUCGUUCUCCCAAUAGAGCUGGAUGAUGUUGCCUAUUUUUGUUUUCUCCAGCUAUUUGUUGGCAUUUUGGCUGUUUAAACUGUUGGGGUACGAAUGGAGGAAUAAGAUGAAAGAUGAAAGA